AUGCAGAUGUUGAAAUUAGAAAUAGCUCUUUGGAGGUGGUGCACCCUAUGUAUAGAAAAAAACAUAGAAUUGUUAGGACCAGACAUACGGAGAAAAGCUCUGGAAUUUAAUGAAAUUUUAAGCAUAGAUCCUCAUUUUAAAGCCUCUUACCAGUGGUUGCGAAAAUUGAGAGAACGUUACAAUAUUUCUCAACUGAAUGUAAUGAAAUAUUUUAUGAGCCCAACUAAAGAUGGAUUGUGUAGUUUCAAAAAUUAUCUUAAAAGAUUGAUGCUACAAAACAAGGUCGCAUUGCAGAAUGUUUACAAUGUCAGUUACACAGAAAUCUUGUGGAAAGCAGUACCAGAAAAAACUUCGAUUUUUGACCGUGCAAAAUGGACAGGAGACCAAGAUAUGUGCGAAGAUCACGUUACUAUACUUCUUUGUACAAAUGCUACCGGAUGUCACAAGUUGCCGGUACUAAUAAUUGGCAGCAUUGCGGAACCGCAAGGUUCAUCCAUUUUGAAUGAUGGCAUCUCAACUACCUACAAAGUAAAAGCCAAUGCUUGGUUGGACAAUAUUAUUUUCAAUCAAUGGUUCGAAGAAUAUUUCUUAAAAUCAGUUAAAGAAAGACAAGAGAAGAACGGGCGCAGGCAAGAAACGGUGUUGUUACUAGAUAAUAAUAGGGUGGCUCACAAUCUCAAAGAUCUAAAUAAAAAAGAUAAAUUCGUUAAAGUUGUGUGUAUUCCAUUUGACGUAUCACUACAUAUGCUCCCAUUGAAUAAUGAAGUAAUCUCCUGUUUCAAGCGAAUGUACCGAAGAGAAUUGGUGCUAACAUUAAUGCUAUUACCUGUCUGGAAUACCGAAGAAGAAGUGAUAGAGACCCAUAAAAAAUUAACCUUGUGGGAUAAUAUGUUACUAAAAGACGUAAAAGAAGUAACUGCAUACAUGCGUACCUUACCUGGAUGCGAACGAAUCACUGAAAAUUGUGUGUUAAACUGGUUUAAUGUUGAAGACGUACGUGAUAUAGUCAUGAAGAUAUGUACCGACGAAGUUCUUCAAAGUUUUGGAAACACAGAUAUUGUCAACGAUGAAGCUGGGCCUUCUCAUUCGAAGAUUCCAAAGGUGGACUAA